GCACGUACAGUUUCCUUCACUGAUGCAAACUCAUGAGAUGUGGUCAGAGGGAAGACGAGAGGAAGGGUGGAGUCAGAGGGCAACCCGCCCCCCAAUGCUGCUGCGAUUUUGGUCACUGGCUCCAAGUCGUUUCAGUUCUGUGAAGCAUCUGAACAAGCAGAAGGCAAGGAGGAGCAACACUUCUCUUGAAAAUAUAUUGCACUCUGCAGGAUGGACUUUUGUCCUGCUGGGUCAACUGACUUGAGUGAGGCUGAAGAGGCCGAAAUAGAGACAAUCAGGCAGCACAGACAGGAGCUUUUGGAGGACAUUAAGAAGCUAAAGGAAGAGAUUGCUCAAGUGUUUGCGGAAAUUGAGUGCUUCCAAAAUGCAGAGAAGAGGAAAGAGGCAGACAAUAAUCCUGGGGAGCAGACCAGCAAACUAUCACAGAAGGAUAAACUGUCCCUGGGCAGGAAGAAAUUCAACAUGGACCCUGCAAAGGGGAUCCAGUACCUGAUUGAGCAGCAGGUAUUGUCCUCAGACCUGCAGGAGAUUGCCAAAUUCCUCCACAAGGGUGAAGGCCUGAACAAGACAGCCAUUGGGGAUUACCUGGGUGGGAGGGACCCCACAAACAUUCAGAUCCUCCAAGCCUUUGUGGCAUGUCACCAGUUCGCCAACCUCAACCUGGUGCAGGCUCUGAGACAGUUCCUAUGGAGCUUCCGGCUGCCUGGGGAAGCGCAGAAGAUUGACCGGAUGAUGGAGGCCUUUGCCAACUGGUACUGCAAGUGUAACCCUGGAGUAUUCCAGUCCACAGAUACGUGUUAUAUACUCUCCUUCUCUAUCAUCAUGCUUAACACCAGCCUGCACAACCCCAAUGUGAAAGACAAAACCCCCUUUGAAAGGUUUGUAUCCAUCAACAAAGGCAUUGACAAUGGAGAGGACCUGCCAGAAGAGCUCUUAAAGAAUCUGUUUGAGAGCAUAAAGAAUGAGCCAUUCUCCAUACCUGAGGAUGAUGGGAACGACCUCACGCAUACUUUCUUCAACCCUAACCGUGAGGGCUGGCUCCUGAAACUAGGAGGACGUGUGAAAACCUGGAAACGCCGUUGGUUCAUUCUGACCGAUAACUGUCUGUACUACUUUGAAUAUACCACGGACAAAGAACCUUUGGGCAUUAUCCCCCUGGAGAACCUCUCAGUCCAGAAGGUGGAUGAUCCCAAAAAGCCAAACUGCUUUGAGCUCUUCAAUCCCAAAUGCAAAGGGCAGAAGAUUAAAGCCUGCAAAACGGACGGGGAUGGGAAGGUGGUUGAAGGCAAACAUCAGUCCUAUAAGAUCUCAGCAGCCACACCAGCAGAACGUGACGAGUGGAUUGAGGCAAUACGGACCAGCAUCACACAGGAUCCUUUCUAUGAUCUGGUCUCUGCCCGUAAGAAAAAGAUUGCCAGCAAAAACUGAGCCCUAACCUGGUCACUGGCAGCAGGAAGAUGUAGUUGUUGGACAACUUCACUCCCGUGCUGGGUUCUUCCAGUGAAGAAAUUUGGGAGCAUUGGUUCCCUCUGCCUCCCACUUGGCAGGAAGAUGACUGAGAGGAAAACUUGCCAGAUUUGCUUCUUCCCUUUCCAAACUGAAGGCAGAGGCGCAGGGCGCAAUCCACUGAGGACUGUCAGAACUGCGGUCAUGGCAUUUCCCAUGACCAAACAUAAAGGCUCAACAGCAACUGGCCUUUGGGUUCUCCCCUAUAGCCCCAGG